AUGGCUUCAACACAGGUUAGUGUCUUUGGGAGCUCUCAUUCUUUUCUUGGCGUGAUGGACAUGGCCAAGAAACCAGAAAUGGAAAUACCAGAAAUGUAUAUUCGCCCACAAGAACCUGCAAUUCCAUCAGAUGAAAUCACUUUGUCAGCUAUUCCCGUUUUUGACUUGAAAACCUUGGCGUAUGAAAAUGCUAGAGAUGCUGAACUUGACAAGUUGUACACAGCAUGCAAAGAUUGGGGUUUUUUUCAGGUGGUGAACCAUGGUGUUAGCUCUCAACUGUUGGAGAAGCUGAAACUUGAGAUUGAGAAAUUCUUCGACCUUCCCAUUGAAGAGAAGAAGAAAUACCAUGUGAGACCAGGUGAUGUUCAAGGAUACGGAACUGUGAUUAGAUGUAAAGAUCAAAAGCUUGACUGGGGAGACAGGUUCUACAUGGUGAUCAACCCUGUUGAAAGAAGAAAGCCAUAUCUUCUCCCUGAGCUCCCUGCAUCACUUAGGGAUACCUUGGAGUCAUACUUCAGAGAAUUGAGAAAACUUGGUAUGGAACUUCUUGGAUUAUUAGGAAAAGCCUUAGGGAUGGAGAUGAAGGAAGUGGAGGAGUUUUUUGACGAUGGGAUGCAGUCAGUGAGAAUGACAUACUAUCCACCAUGCCCAAAACCAGAAGUAGUUGUAGGGCUCACCCCCCACUCUGAUGCCACAGGCAUAACCAUCCUUCAUCAGGUGAAUGGAGUGGAGGGUCUGGAGAUAAAGAAAAGUGGGGUUUGGAUUCCUGUGACCUUUCUACCAGAUGCUUUUGUAGUUAACGUUGGGGACAUCAUGGAGAUUCUAAGUAAUGGGACCUACACCAGCAUAGUGCACAGGGCUGCGGUGAACAAAGAGAAGGAGAGAAUUUCUAUUGCCAUGUUCUUCAACCCUAAAUUUGAGGCAGAGAUUGGGCCAGUCAAAAGUUUGUUAAAUUAUGAGAAUCCACCCUUGUUCAAAAGCAUGUUGAUGGAAGACUACUUCAAAGACUUUUUCUCUCGCAAUCUUGACGGGAAAUCACACUUGGAGAAAAUGAGGGUGGUGAAAGAUUAA